AUGGUGGACACCGACGUCCAAACGAGGCCGGACAACAGCUUUGACACAAAGUGGGACCUGAACAAAGACUGGACGCCCUCCGACCUGUCCCCUGAAGACGGAGCCAACCCCACCUUGCGGCGGACCAUCGGCGGUUCCUCGGCACAGUGCGGCCAGUACAGCAGCCAGCUGAGCUCCGGGGGCCAGUGCCGCUUGGCGGCCACGCUGCCCCCGGUGGCGGCGGGAGCUUUGCGGCGGCGCUGCCCGGACAUGUUCCGCUGCACCGACGACAUCUCCUUCUGGCUCCACGAGAACCAGAACAGGAAGGAGCAGCUGGAGGAGCUGAGGGAGACCACGUCGGAGCUGACGGAGGAGCUGAGGAGCCACCGCCACCGGGUCAAGUCCCUGGAGGUGCAGGAUGAAGAAGGUCUCUCUUCAGAGCCUCCCCUUGACCGGCGGUUGCACCCUCUGGAGUCGCGUCGCGCCGAGGCCGGCCCGCUGUGCCGCGUGCACGCGACGCUGUUGCGCGAUCUGCAGGCGCAGCUCCGCAACCUCUCGGCCGCCGUCGCGCAGCUUGUGAGCCGCAGCUCGGGCGCAUGCGCCAUCAAAGUGGUCCGAACGCCAACGCUGCUGCUCGCCGUGCGAGACACACGGCCACCAGAUGGACCCCGCUUGUCUUUCUGUCCAUCGGACUGCGCGUCCCUCUAUCACAGUGGCGUUCGUCGUUCCGGUCUUUACACCAUCAUCCCGUCGCCUGGCAACGCCCUGCCCGUCUACUGCGACAUGGAGACCGGGGGCGGAGGCUGGACGGUGUUCCAGCGGCGCCACGGCGGCUCCGUGAGUUUUAACCGCGGUUGGUCAGCGUACCGCGAAGGCUUCGGAGAGCCGCAGGAGGAACACUGGCUGGGGAACCGACAGCUCCACCUGCUGUCCAACCAGGGCCACCACAGCCUCCGAAUCGACCUGCACGACUGGAGCCACGCCCACAGACACGCCCUCUACCACAGCUUCAGGAUAGAGGACGAGGAGGACCAGUACCGCCUCCACGUGUCCGGCUUCAGUGGAACGGUGGCGGACUCGUUCGGCUGGUACCACGACCAGCGCGGCUUCAGCACGCCGGACACCGGCAACAUCUGCGCCGAGAUCAGCCACGCCGGCUGGUGGUUCCACCAGUGCUUCCGCGCCAACCUCAACGGCGUCCACUACGAGGGGGGGCGCUACUCUCGCACAGCUCAGAACCUGCUCGGCCCAGACGGCAUCGUCUGGUUCUCCCUGAAGGACUCAGACUUCUACUCCCUGAAGGCCGUCACCAUGAUGAUGCGACCGAGCGGCUUCAGGCCGCGCUCGUCCCCAUAG